CUUUCAGAAGAGCAAGAAGUCAAGCGCACAUAACCAGAAAAAUAGACACCAAAGGCCACAGAGAGAGCAAGAGAGAGAGAGAGAGAGAGAGAGAGAAAGAGGGAGAUGAGGACCUUCCAGAGCCAGAGCCGGAGCGGAGCCUCCAGCAGCCCGCACAGCCUCAGCAGCACGGCCAGCGGCACCCUCACAGCCCUGCUAAUACUCACCAUCCCAGUAUGCACAUGUGCUCCAGCAGAACUUCAGCAAGCCAUAACAGAUCAGAGGCAGCUACUCAGCCAGAUAGACGCUGUGUGCUCAUCCUACCUCUCUGCAGACCUGAAGAUUUUGGUGAUUCUGUUUUGCUUGUUCUUGUGUUCUUUUUUACAUGUAUAUUACAAGGUUAAAGUACUUAUUUAUUAUAUUUUAACAGCCACUUUCUCUUUCUGGAAUCAGGAAUCUGAUGUCUUAGAAGAACUCUGUGUCUUGAUGCUGUUUCGGAAGUCAAAGGAGAUGAAAGUGCAAGAAAAAAGUAAAAGGGGUGAAGCCCAGGGACCUGGAGGAAUCCAGAGCAGAGGUUACUUUCUCUAUCGGCCACGAAAUGGAAGACGAUCAUUGGAGUAUGAGUAAAAUGAAAGUCUGAAGCAUAUUGUACAGAGACAACAAUGACCAGAGACACGAGCUGCUGCACCACAACUGAGAGAUCCAGACCUUACCCAAAGCCCUCCGCCACUGCUGUAUAGUGAUGUCUGAAUUUACACCAAGAAAAUAAAUAAAAUACUAUUAAUUUGUCCAGAUAAUUGUGUUACA